UAACGUCUUUGACUAACGUUGCGUGUUCGUUAAUUGCAUUAACUACCCCGUUCAGAAUUCUGCGUAUAAUUGGAAGUUACAUGGCUUUAAGUAUUUUCAUAGAUUACAUCUACCAGGUUACAUUCUUCGGCGGACUUCUUGCACUGGAUGGUUAUCGAGAAGCCAAAAAAUUGCAUGCAAUACUCUUCGUUCAUGUUAAUUUGAACGAAAGACCAUCAGGUUUUGUGGGAUUUAUGAAGUAUGGCUGUUAUUCGAGUAAAGAUAACGAAAACAAGACAACAAUGACUUGUUACAAAAACCAUUUAGGAAAAAUUCUAACGUUUCCAAUUGUAAAAGCAGCUAUUAUUAUUCUUUUUCUCUUGUAUCUCGCUGGAGGAAUCUAUUUUACGAAAUACCUACAACUCUCUAUAGGAAUCGAUAGUGCAUUUAACGAAAAUUCUAAUAUAGUAAAAUACAUCCGUGAUGAGAAUUCAUUUUAUUCGCAAUAUCGCGAUAGAAUCCAAAUAAUUGUCACAUCAUCAUUAGACUACUCCGAUCCAAACAUCCAGAAUAAUCUAGAGAAAUUAACGACAGAACUGGAGAAUUCUCCUCAUAUGGCCGGAAGUAAUUUCACGGAAUCCUGGCUGAGAAUGUAUCUAAAAUUCAUGAAAGAUCCGCAGUUUUGGAUUUCUCUCAGAGGAUACAAUUUGAGUCGACCCGAAGACUUCACCGAUGCUUUACGUAGAGUAUUUCUUAAAUUCAAGUGGGCCAAACGUUUCAACAAGGACAUUGUCUUCAGUGAAGAUGGCUCUAAAAUAUUAGCUUCCAGAUUUUUUAUUCAGACGAAACUGGUUGAUAAUUUGCAGAAAGACAAUGAAGUUUUUAUUAAUCUUUGGAAUAUAAUAGAUAAAUAUAAUCUUCCGGUAAAGUGCUACAACUAUCGAUAUAUUUUCUUUGAUUUUUUGAUUGAGGCAGUUUCUACAACAACUCAAUCAAUAGCCGUUAGCUCUUGCGUAGUGAUUUUGAUAUUUAUCAUUUUGAUACCGAAUUUGUUUUGUGCAUUUUGUAUUGCGCUCACAAUAGUUUGUAUUGAAGUGAUCACUAUAGGAUAUAUGUCCGUAUGGGAUGUUACAUUCUAUCCAAUAGUGACAGUAUUUUUAAUAGUGAUCACCGGAUUUUGCACGGAUUAUGCAGCUCAUAUAUCGUACGCGUACGCAAAGAGUAAAGGAAAGAAUCCGAAUGAAAAACUGCGAGAUUGUUUGGAUGUUGCUGGUCACGCCAUUGUGCAAGGUUGUCUUUCAUCACUUUUGUGCGUUUCUAUGUUAAUAUUCACUCCGUACACAUUUUUGAAAGAUAUAUUUAAAGUAUGUUUCAUAUUUUUUAUUUCUUCUGUAAUUCAAGGGUUAUGUAUACUUCCAAUAAUGCUAUCAUUAUGGGAUAGUUUUCUGUUAUUAUUGUGUAAAAGUGAGGAGAGCCAUCUUUCAAACGAAGAGUUUUCGGUUCGUCCGAAUACGAAUGAAGAGUUGUUAAAAUAAAUAAUAAUUAUUUCGUCGUACUUAAAAAAGUGCUUCAGGAAUGAAAUAAUAAAUAGUCGAGGAUAAUAAUUUGAAAUGAAAACCAUUCGUCAUACGAAAGUCGUUAUACGACUUCACAAUGUGUGAAUUCUUCAAUUUGUACUUUAUACAUUCACAUUUUUUUUUAUUGGGAUAAUUGUUAUUGUAUUGUUUAAAACAAUUUGUUUAUGUAUUAGAACUAAA